UACAGUCAGCACCAAGUGGCUCAGCAGGCAAGACACCUACAAAAUGGGAAUAUUACGACUGCCUUGCAUUCCUAGGUCCAAGUGAGGAGCUCGCAACAGAGGCAUGCUGGUCGGGACCAACACACAAGGAACCUUCAUUACUCAUGUCAGAAUUUCCACCUGAAGAGUCAUCCAUCUAUUUAGUUGAAGAAGCCAGUAUAUGUGAGAGACUUGAGGAAACUGGUUUUGAAACAGACCAGAUCAGUCAUUCCACUGAACAAGCCAAACAGGUGACUGCAAAUGAUCUUGCUGAUGCCUUGAGGACAUUCAGUAAGGAACACAACCCUGGGUCACUUAUAAGUUCAGCUUCAUCAUCCCUUCUGACGACUCCAUCAUCAUCUAGUCCAGUUUUGUCAGCAGCUGAAGGCCAGCCUAGGCAUUUGUCUUCGAAUGCCAUGAAGAGGAAACGAGCCAAGGCAUAUGAUUCAGCACUAGAAGUUGCAUUACAAAUGAGUGCGCAAGAACCACUGACCCCUUCAUUCUCCAAGUGUGUUGGGUCAAUGAUUGAAAAUAUCAUAAAUCUAGUUCCAUCACACAUGCAGUAUGAACUUAGUUUUGCUAUUUUGAAUAGUGCUCAAAAGGUAUAUGAGGAUUUUGUAAAAAAAAAAAAAAAAAAAAUUGUAAUAACAGAACAUUUUUUAGCAUUUGUACAUUUAUAACAUUUUCUGUAAUUAUUGCAUUCAGCUGAUAUUUUUGGUUAAGUAAAAUAAGUCCAUAA